AUGCCAAAAUUAGUACUAGUCAGACACGGUCAAUCCGAGUGGAAUGAAAAGAACUUGUUCACUGGGUGGGUUGAUGUUAGCUUAUCUGCCAAGGGUGAAGAGGAGGCCGCCAGAGCAGGUGAGUUGUUAAAGGAGCACAAUGUCAAGCCAGACAUUCUAUUCACAUCCAAAUUGAGCAGAGCGAUCCAAACUGCCAACAUUGCUUUAUCAAAGGCUGAUAGGUUGUGGAUUCCUGUCGAGAGGUCCUGGAGAUUGAACGAGAGACAUUACGGUGACUUGCAAGGCAAGGACAAGGCACAGACUUUGGCACAAUUCGGUGAGGAGAAAUUCAACACUUACAGAAGGUCGUUCGAUGUUCCUCCUCCAGCGAUUGCCGAUGAUUCUGCGUACUCUCAAAAGGGUGACGAGAGAUAUGCUGACGUUGAUCCCAAUGUGCUACCUCAAACCGAAUCUUUGGCGUUAGUGAUCGAUAGAUUGUUGCCAUACUGGCAAGACACUAUCUCUAAGGAAUUGUUGAAUGGUAAGACUGUUAUGAUUGCUGCGCACGGUAACUCCUUGAGAGGGUUAGUUAAGCACUUGGAUGAAAUUUCUGAUGCUGAUAUUGCAAAGUUGAAUAUUCCUACUGGUAUUCCAUUGGUUUACGAAUUGGACGAAAAUUUGAAGCCAACAAAGCCCGCUUACUAUUUGGACCCAGAGGCUGCAGCAGCAGGUGCUGCUGCGGUUGCCAACCAAGGUAAGAAAUAG